UCGGCGACAUUUGCGCAUUGUCGAGAUGGAGAAUGCGAAAGUGAAGGCCAUAUUCGGCGACAUUUGCGCAUUGUCGAGAUGGAGAAUGCGAAAGUGAAGGCUCUCGCUAUCUCAGAGCUUGUCGAUAAUAUACUCGUACACCUUGCCACGAAACAACUCUACACAGUACAGCGAGUCAGCAAGUCGUUCCGCAACGCCGUUAUGGAGUCUGCCAUGACCAGCGCAGAAUGUGCCGAUUCAUUGAGCCGGCAGCCAGCAAGCAUCUGGCGCAAGUCAAUGAUUUGCUGGCCGGAAAGACAAGGCUCACAACACUGCAAUACAUCGUCUUCAACUUGGUGCCGGAAAAGGAUCCCAACAUGCUUCUCGUCGCCGCUCGUAGGAGGAACGCUUUGAGGCAUCAGAAUGAGUAUACCAGGAGCAAACACCAGUCGUGGCGUAAGACGAAAGUGGUAUCGAUGACCAUCCAGCUUAAGGUCGUUUUCGAAGGGUGGAUUGACAUCGCGUACUCAGUGCGCGCCCGUGAGCCCUUCAGACUUUUCCGAAUAGAAAGAAAGACGUGGAACAGCGAUGAAUUAACAUUGGGCGUUCUUGCGGACUGGCUCACCAACCACAACGGUGUUAUGCAAAGCGAGCACAUCGUGAGUGCUGAGACGCCUGCCGAGCAAUAGGCUGAGAACUACGAGGAUAGAUAUUUUCACGAGUGAAUCGACGCCCUCGUUGACUAUGUGAUGGACGACGGGCAGUAACCAAGAGAGUGGAACAGUGUGGGCGAGUAGUGCAAUGUCUAGGGGGAAGGCACGCUCGCAUGUGAUGAGCUGGAGCCGAGGCUGAUCAUUUGCGCUUUCCCCGUUCAAGCGCCAUGCGCAAUGGGCCCGUGAUACACC